GCCUCCUCAUCUCUUGAUGAACCGCCUGGCCCGCUAAAGGAUUUUCACGAAAACGUCGGCUGCAGACUACGCAGCAAACCCGACGACAGCAAAAUUCGGACGAACGGGACCCGAAACGAUGGCCUUAGCGUCGUGACAGCAACGUCGAGGACAUUUCCCUGCGUCGGACACACGGUUUUGCUUUUGAAGGACUUUGGGAGCGUGAAAUAGCGAUGACUGCGGUGUCACUUGUUUGAUAGAAAGACGGAGAGGAGGGGUCAAAGUGGACCUCCCCCCUCACCACACAGCCUCUUCACCAGGCAGAGGCGUUCCGUUCGAUGGAGUCUAACGGGACCUUUGCAGGGAGCUCCAGGCCCGAAAUGUCACCUGGGAAACGUCGAGAAUCAGCCAACCUAUCAGCAUUUUAAAGGAUUUUCCCUAAAAAUAACUUUUCAGAAAGCCUGUAAACGCAAAAAAGAGAAAAAGUUAGUUGCACCAAACAAGAUGACCGUCGAUGUCACUUAACAAGAAAUGGACUACUACUAGUAACCUCUAGUUAAACAGGACAGACGAACAACGGGAUAUAAAACCCGUUCAUUGACUGUUGAUCUUACUCCUUCUGUUGGGUUCAUUAUCGUCCACAACACCAGGAGAACUCUCCAAAAAUUUCUCAUCAAGUGUUGCCUUCUCCAGUAACCAUGUCACUCAAAGACAACGCCUGCAAAAAAUUUCAAGCCAACAUUUUCAACAAAAGUAAAUGUCAGAACUGCUUCAAACCCAGGGAGUCCCAUCUACUUAACGACGAAGACUUAAAUCAGGCUAAACCUAUGUAUGGAGGAUGGCUUCUGCUGGCUCCUGAAGGAACUAAUUUUGACAAUCCCUUACAUAGAUCUCGAAAAUGGCAAAGAAGGUUCUUUAUACUCUAUGAACACGGCUUGCUUCGUUAUGCUCUGGAUGAAAUGCCCAGCACUCUACCCCAGGGUACGAUCAAUAUGAACCAGUGCUCCGAUGUCAUCGAUGGUGAAUCCAGGACAGGCCAGAAGAACUCGCUGUGCAUCGUCACCCCUGAGAAGGAGCACUUCAUCCGGGCUGAGUGUAAAGAAAUCAUCAAUGGGUGGCAGGAGGCUUUGACUGUUUAUCCCAGGACCAACAAGCAGAACCAGAAGAAAAAACGUAAAGUCGAUACCCACACCCAGCAGGAUGGAGUUACUUCAAGCCAGUGUAUUUCCACUGAGGACAUGAAUGGACACCCUGAGCCCGGGCCCGCCAAGGUAACAGUGACCAGCAGCAGCAGUGGAGGCAGCAUCCCAUGCCUGCCUAGCAGUAUUGCCGGUGCCGAGCGUGUCCCAACGAGCCGUGCUAUCCUGUGGCAGGAGGAGAGCCACUGGAGCAGGACCACCAUCCCCUGCAGCCGCAGUGCCUCCUGUCUCAGCCAGAUGACCCAGAGACCACCAGACUCCAAUGUUUCCAUUCAAGAUGAUGGUGGAACUGCAAGCACUGGACGGAAAGUACGAGUAGAGAGUGGUUACUUUUCCUUGGAAAAGACAAAAUCAGAGCCUUCUCCUCAUACUUUACAUCAAUACCAGGCGCCUCAACAUCUGCCCCUGUCCUCUUCAGCAUCGUCCUCCUCUUUAGGAGCCUCCAGUUCCAGGUACAGCCCCGAAUCAGAAACUCAAACUUCCUCUCAUCAAUCCCCCCAGGACCUUCCUUCUCCAGGUGCACUUCACUCCCUGAGCUACUCCACCAUCAGCUCCUCCCAGAGCUCGCUGGACUCUGACACCAGCAAAGCUACGCUCACCUGGGAGGGGAGCAAUGGCACCGAGGAGUUCCCCAAUAAUGUUAGUGUUAGAGGAGGAGGCAGGGUUGGCCGCGCGGGCAGGGAUUAUGCAGUGCUGUCGGAUGUGCCACGCGCUCGCCGACUGAGCUAUAAGGAGGCUUUCCGUUCCGAUAGAAAGCGUCAAGAGCUGAGAGCCCGAACAAGAAGCCCUGGGAGGGAGGAGGUGGCUCGAUUGUUUGGGGAGGAGCGCAGACGAUCUCAAGUCAUCGGGCAGUUUGAGGAUGGUCAGCAUGCUGAGCAAAUGGACACGAGCGGCUCAAAUGACCCAUCCGCUAAAACCACACAAAUCCAGAGACAAGGCCGCAGCGAGAGGCGCUAUCUGGACACCAAACAGGACAUGUCACUGGAUACAGGGAAGGACUGUUUAGCCCCGGAGGUUUCAAGCUACAGUUUUGCCAACCUAAGAAGAGCUAAAUCUUUAGACCGCAGAAUCACAGAGUCAUCAAUGACUCCAGAUUUGCUCAACUUCAAAAAAGGAUGGAUGACAAAGCUUUAUGAAGAUGGAAUGUGGAAAAAACACUGGUUUGUCCUCACAGACCAGAGCUUGAAGUAUUUCAAGGACUCUAUAGCUGAAGAGGCCUUGGAAAUGGAUGGCGAAAUUGACCUUUCUACAUGUUACGAUGUCAAAGAGUUUCCAGUUCAGAGGAAUUACGGCUUCCAAAUCCUUUGCAAAGAGGGAGCGUGCACCCUGUCAGCCAUGACCUCUGGCAUCCGUCGCAACUGGAUUCAGGCCAUUAUGAAGAAUGUGCGACCCACUAUUGCCCCUGAUGUCACCCGGAAAAACAUCUCUCUGAAACUAUCCGUUCUGAAGCCAAGAUCCUUGCCUGAUGAGAAGAUAAAAGGUGAUGUGACUUUGGAGCCGUGCCCUCAGAACACACCUGAACCUAUCCCUCCUCUGGAGGUGUCCAUGUCCGACGGGCCCAGACAGGAGCAAGUCCGCAGUAUCGCCGCUCCCGUCUCGGAGCCACGCAAGAGCAGAGUGCGUGAGCGCCGACGAGAGGGCCGCUCAAAAACCUUUGACUGGUCCGAGUUCAAGGUGGACCAGACGGAAAAGCCCCCAAAAGAACGAGCGGACACGGUGGACUUCAGCUCUUCCUGCUCCACCGCCUCCUCCUUCUGCUCCCCCUCUUCCUCUGCUUCCUCACUGGCAUCCUCUCCGGUCUCCUCCUCAUCCAUGCAAACCUCCUCCGUUUCAGUUCAUCCACCUUCAAGAACACCGGAAAUGGAAAACAUUAGAAGUGGAGGAACUGCUCCAGUUUCAACAGUGAAAGGACAGCCAUCAUCUGCUGAUGGUCAGGAACAAGGGAAGAUGGAGCUCGAUCACCCAAACGUUCAAAAUCACAAAGACAAAAGGAGCAGUGAAACGUCAAACGUGCAAGAAGAGAUCGAACAGCGAUGGCAUCAGGUGGAAACGACACCCUUAAGAGAAGCCAAGCAAGUUCCCAUAACCUCGACGUCCAGAAACUCUGAGCGGCUCCCUGCUCAUGAACUCGCAGCGCUGCUGGACAAGGAGUUGGGACAGAAGCAAAAGGAGCUGGAGCAGCUGCAAGAGCAGAACAACUUGCUAAAAGAGCAGCUGGAAGAUGCUUUAGGGAGAGAACAUAGUGCCAGAGAGGGUUAUGUGCUGCAGAGUGCUUCGCCUCCCUCCUCCUCCUCGCCUCGUAGAGUGCCAUGGCAGCACUUGCACAAGCUCAAUGAAGACCUGCAGAGUGAACUGGAGUCCCAAAAGCUCAAGCAGGACCUUGCUCAGCAGCAAAUACGGACCUUGAAGAGAAGCUACACCGAAGCUCAGGAUGCCGUAAACCGCCACGAGGCAGACAUUCAAGCUCUCCAGGCAAAACUCACUUCUGCCAUGGCGGAAAUCUUAGUUGGGGAGCAGGCUGUAGUCCGAAUGCGAAAUGAGCUGAAGUCGGAGCAGCAGCGCUCCAAAGAGCAAGAAGAGGAGUAUUAUUGCAAUGAAGCCACCUUAAGAGCUCAACUAAAGGACAGUGAAGAUAGACUCCGGGAUGUAGAAGCCAGCCUUUUGGAGAGAAGUCAAGCUCUCAGGCAGCUAGAGCGUCAGCAGGCCCUGCAACGAGACCACAUGAGAGAGGUGCAGAGGUUGCAGGAGAGACUGCAAGAGGUUACUGCUCGGUUAGUUGCUACCGAAGAGGGCCAAAUCCUGAAGGAGGAGCGCCUCAAGAAGGAGCAGCAAAGCAUGCAAGAAAGUCAUGAGAGGGAAAGACAGAGUUUGUGCAGAAGGUUAGCUGAUGCUGAGCGUGCACACAAGGAUGCAGAGGACAGACUGUUGGAGGCGGAGCAACAGGUGGAGGCCUUGCUGAGAGGGAGGCGAGCCUCGGUUAAUAGGGAGUUUGAAGAGGAAAUGUUAAAGUUGCAAGAGGAUCUGGCCCAAAAAACAGACAUGGUUGAGUCACUGCGGGAAAGCGUGAGAAGGCUUGAAGAAGAAAGAGGACAUCUCACCUGUCGGUGUCAGGAGCUCCUCAACCAGAUCACAGAAGCAGACCGCGAGGUGAACAAACUUCGCAACCGUCUGGAAACUGAAGAAGCUGAUUAUUGUAACCUUGAGCACUCGUAUGAGAAAGCCACUCGAGAAUUUCAGAAAAUUAGCCACAUUCUUAGAGAAAAAGAGGAAGAGAUCCAGCAAACGAAGGAGAUGUAUGAACGACUGAUGGAACGCAAGGAGGAAGACCUCAAAGAAGCACUGGUGAAAAUGAGUGCCCUCGGUAGCAGCCUGGAGGAAACUGAACAGAAGUUACAAGUUAAAGAGGAACUUCUUUGUCAAAUGAGUGAAAGUAUUUUGCACAAGGCUGAGCCCUGCAACGCUGAAAAAGAUCUGCAGGCCAAGCUUGUAGUCGCAGAAGAUCGCAUUGCAGAGCUAGAACUUCACCUCAGAGAUCUUCAGUUGGACUAUGCAGAUCUACGCAUGGAAAGGGAAAAAUCCCAACACUCAUUAUCAAACACAGAGCUUACCUUGGAAGAUUCAUCAAAAGCCAAUGAAAUGGAGUCCCAAGCCAAGAGACCAAGGAUUCGGUUUUCAAGUAUUCAGUGCCAAAAAUACAUCAACUUUGAGGAAAUGGAUGCCAGCCUUAGCAGCAGCCUCUCUGGAAAACAUAAAGACAACCAGGAGGAAUAUCCUGACUGCCCACCAGCUGAGGAAAACGUUUCCUGCGUUAUUGCCCUCUCACAGUCUAGUGACCCGGAAAAGUUCAUCUCCAUCAUACAUGCCCUGGAAACCAAACUGCUCAUCACGGAGGAGAAGCUGAGAAAUCUCACGAAGAAUCUGGACGUUCAAGAAUCCUCUCAAGUAGAAGAAAUUUCCAAAACUGAGGCCCCUGAGGUAGACUUUAGUGAGAUUACUUCUGUAACGCAUUUCACCAAGGCCCUGGUUUGUGUUGAGAACAGCCGAGAGAAAGUAAGCAGUAUUCUGAGUGGCUCCCAUUGUACCAAUGAUUCACGUCUGCACUUGUUGUCAGAAAUAGAAAAUGAUUUGUUUAAUGCGUCGCUGCACAUUCGACAAGGCCAAAAAGAGGAAAAACAGAAGGAGGAACAGUCAAAGAGUGAAAAUCAGAAUUUUACUGCUGAGAGUUCCGAUGCUGACGAACUCCAGAUCUUUACCAAAACUUUGACUUUUGAGGCAACCGUUUUAAAGAAAAUGGCCCAGCUGAUUCAAACGUCCAAAUCCGACCUGCUGAAAGCUCUUGUCGAGAUUUGGGAAGACAUUGAUUAUGCUAAAAGAACUGACAAGGAUUCCCUAGCUUUAGUUUAUGCCAGUGUGUUGUCUAGGAAGCUGAUGCUGGAGAGCAGGUUCUGGAAGGAGCUGGAGAAUGCUGAAACACACCUUCAAGCCAAAGAAAGCAGUUUAUCUGCUGAUUUAGACGUGAACACCUCAGUGGUGUUAAACACCUGUAUCAAGGCAGAACUAGCUUACUCCAUUCAAAACCUUAAACUUUGUUAUGAAGAAAAAUUCCAAAUGCUCAAAAGAGAGUUAAGUGAAGUCCACAGUAACCUUCAUCAAAGGGAUGAGGCUCUGAAAGCUAUUAUUGAAGCUUCUAAAAGGCCUGAUCUGUCAAAUGUAAUAAAGGAAGUCAAAAAUACCUUUGGGUUUGGUGAGCAGAAAUUGGCAGACAUUCACCCCCCUGAACUUGCCCCCUACAUGGAGCAAAUUGAAAUGGAAGAGGCCCGAGAUUUGGCCGAGGAAGUUGUGGACAGGCAGCUAGCUGGUGUACUGUCUUCUUGUGCCGUUGAGUCUCUUCAGUCGUUCGAAAAAGCAUACGACAGCCUCGUAAGCGAACUUCAACGACAAGCAGCGCUCCUUCAGAGGUACGCUGUGGAAAUCGAAAACACCGGAAGCCAUCCCGGAUUGUCUAAAAUGAUCCACAGCGUUUUAGGUCGCCAGACUUCGCACGGUUUGACAAGCAGCUCAUUUUGUAUUCGAGAAGCCCUCAUCCAGGCUCAAGUGGCUUAUUUAGCAUGUCGGUUGCAGGCCAUGCAUGAAGAAGACUUGAGUUUGUGUAAGCAGACCAGUCAAAACAUGGACGCACUCGUGCAGCAGCAUGCUCGCAAUAUAACGGCAAUCCAAGAAAAGUAUGAGAAGCGCUUACAAGAAGAGUGUCAGAACCUGAUGGAUACUGUGGUUGCUCUGGAGAGGGAGAACGAGACCCUGAAAAGUGAAAUCGGCAAACGGAUUGACCAACUCGCUCAUUGGCAGGAGCAAAUGGUCAGAAGGGAGGACCAUUUCCUGAAGGAGGCAGAGGAGCUGAAGCAGAGGCACAGAGAGGAGAUGAACCAAAUAGAACAAGGUCGUGUGACGACAGAACUGGCCCUCAUGGACACGGCAGCCGAGAGUCAACGAAAGCUGGAGGUUCUGCUGGUAGACAUGGACAGCAUGGAGGAGCGUCACGAGAGUCAGCUCAGAAAGCUGGAAGAGCAGUUUGAACAGAGGAUGAGCGAGCUUCAGCAAGCCCACAAGGAAGAGAUGGAAAAAUUUCAUUCCCAGUAUGAAGAGACCCUCCAAUGUGCCAAAAAGUACCAACUAGACCAAAAAACCCCUGAGGUCUCACUCCUGCCUCCAUGUGAUGAGGCUGCAACACCAAUGGAGGAGGAGGAGCAGGGCACAGCUGCUGGAGAACGAGACGUCUCAGAGGUGGACUCCAUGGUGGUUCUGAAGGACAGAAUCCAGGAGCUGGAGACUCAGAUGAAUAACAUGAGGGACGAGCUGGAGAACAAGCACCUGGAAGGCGAUGUGGCCAGCCUGAGAGAGAAAUACCAGAGAGACUUUGAAAGUCUGAAGGCUACCUGUGAGCGUGGCUUUGCUGCCAUGGAAGAAACUCAUCAGAAGGUGGUAGAAGACCUCCAGAGGCAGCAUCAGAGGGAGAUUUCAAAGCUCAUGGAGGAGCGGGAACGUUUGCUGGCUGAAGAGACUGCCGCCACCAUUGCUGCCAUUGAAGCCAUGAAGAAUGCUCACAAGGAGGAGCUGGAGAAGAACCAACGCUCCCAACUGAGUGGACUGAACUCUGACAUCGAUGAGCUCCGCCUACAAUACGAGGAGGAGCUUCAGUCAUACCAGAGAGAGCUGGAGGUGUUGUCAGAGCAGUACUCUCAGAAAUGUCUGGAGAACGCUCACCUGGCUCAGGCGCUGGAGGCGGAGAGGCAGGCCCUCACGCAGUGUCAGAGAGAGAAUCAGGAGCUAAACGCUCACAACCAGGAGUUAAAUAACAGACUGACUGCAGAAAUCACUCGAAUGCGCUCCUGUUUUAGCGGAGAAACAGCCCUGUCCCCACUCACCCAGGGCAAAGACCUUUAUGAGCUGGAGGUACUUCUACGAAUAAAAGAGUCAGAGAUUCAGUAUCUUAAACAGGAAAUCCACUCUUUGAAGGAUGAACUGCAGUCUGCUUUAAGGGACAAGAAAUAUGCCACAGACAAAUAUAAGGACAUCUACACAGAGCUGAGCAUUGUGAAGGCAAAGGCUGACUGUGAUAUCAGCAAGUUAAAGGAGAAGCUGCUCAUGGCUACCGAAGCUUUAGGAGAGAGAGCUGUGGAGGGAGCAGUCCCUUCUGGAUACGACAUCAUGAAGUCGAAAAGUAAUCCAGAUUUUUUGAAAAAAGAGCGAUCAACACCCAAGCCAAUAAGAGGACUAAGAUCAAAGUCUGUCACGGAACAGGUCUCAUUGGAUAACUGACUCUCCCAAUAUUGGGGUAUUACCCAAACCCCCACUCCCAAGAUACGCUAGCCUGAAAGAAGGACUAACCGUGCAGGAGAGAUUAAAGCUUUUUGAGGCAAAAGACUCCAGAAAGAUUUGAAUCUCACUAAACCUGACUUUUUUCUUUUCCUUUCCUUUUGCCUGGCUUUUUGUGUUUGGUCAGAUGUCCAUGUUUGUGCCUGCAUCUGCUACAUAUUUUUUUAUUGCAACUGUAUAAGAAGAUCUAUUAUUUCUACACCUUUCAAAAAACGUCACGUUAAACUGAGUUUAUGGAAUAGAUAUCUUUUUUUUUAAUAAUCAUAUAAAGAUGAAAUCUGGCUGAGUCGGAGAACUAAGCUGUGAAAGGGAGAAAUAACAGCAUUUAAAUUGGUCCUCUAGAAUGCGACAAACAGCAAUACACAGAAAGAAUAAUAUAUAUAUUUCUUGAUAAUGACUUAAAUAUCUGCUGUAUUUUAUUAUCGCCACAGUGUCUGUAUCUAAUGAGUUUUUUAUUUUAUUUAGUUUGAUGUUGGAAAAGUUGUAAAUACCUGCUGGAAAUGUUCAGUUUGGACGCAUCUGCUGUAUUAUAACUAUGGUUCAUUUGACGUGGGAAGCAAUGUGAGUCUUGAUUUGUACGCGAGUUUUAAAGUAAAUAUCUGUGUGAAAGGGGGAAAUGAGGGGGGGGGGGGGGGAUUGAGAAUGCACUUAACCACUUGACUACUUGAGGAAACCUGUUAUUUUUGUGUUUAAUCGUGUGGUGAUUUGCAGACAUUUGUCAGAGCAAGCAAACUUCAUGACUUGUAUUAGGUGAAUAUCACUACAGGCAGUUUAACUUUUAUUUUUUAUAUCGUUUGGCUCUCAAGAAAAAAACGCCCAGUUUUACAUUUUCCCAAACUGAAACUAUUUAGGACUUUGCAUGCCUAGACAAUUUGAGUUUGCCUCAUUUCUUGUAUUGUUUUAAUGUGGAACUUUAAACAUUUAUAAGCUUUGCAAGUCCUACUGUGUUGAUGACUUUAAAGUGUUUUACUGUAAACUGCAGCCUGACAGCCUUUGGUCCACUUCCUGGUCUCUAAAAUCUUGUGCCUCAGCUGAGUGGGAAACAUCCGUGUAACUUCUGCAGCUAUGGAAUCCACACUGUACAGUAUUCAAACCACGCCUUGUACAUACGAACAUGCCACAUCAACAGUUUCUGUAUUGUUUUAAACGUGUACUUUGCUCAUUAGUUCUAUAUUAAAUGUAUCUGAAUAUUUUUUAUUUCUAUUUGAACAUAUCGCGUCAAAUAAAGCAAGUGUUUGGAAGUA